UACAUGCAGUUCAUUUUUCCGUCAGUGUGAUAUUAGCGGCUGUACCGAAAUGGCGACCUCUCUGCUCAGACUGGGACGACUCGGGUCGCUCAAGUGUCUCCAGCAGGACAGCUGGGGCACUCUGAGGACCCCACUCACUGCAGCACUCUGCACGGAAGCGAAACAGCCGAAGAAACCAGCAAAGAAAGCAAAAGCUGCAAGUAAGAUCUUAGAGGCCCCUGAAGACAGGGCGGCUCUACUAGCCUACAAGACCGCUGUUGCCUUCCCUACUAGACUUUCUGCCCCAGGAUUUGUCAGUGCAUUAGGUGAAUCUGACCUGAGGGCAGCUGGAACUGUAGAGGCUGCAGGUGCCACUGAAGUUUCAGCUGAGGCUUCAGCCACAGGAGAGGCUUCCAGCACUGGCCAAGGUGAAUCUGUCACAAAUCAACCUGAAGCUAUACCUGUUGCAGAAUCUGUGACUACAAGUGAUGCUGCAGGUGCCAAGGUGGAGGCAUCUGAGACUACUGCCACAGAUUCUCCAGCCCCAGUAAAAGAAGCCAAAGAAACAACAACCCCAAAGGAUGAAGAAGCUACCGCUACCUCCUCCUCCAGUGACUCAGAUUCUGAUUCUGACUCGGAUUCUGAUGACGAAGCACCAGACAAGACUGAGAAGACUGAAACAGUGGUCCAGCCUGAAGAAAAAGCAGAACAGGAGAGCGUUCCAAAAGAGUCUGCUUCAGAGGUAAAGACUCCUGAAAGUGCUCCUGAAGGUGUGGCUUCUGAGCCUGUCUCAAAGGAAAAGACUGUGCCUGAGGCCUCUGUUGAAGGAGCACCAAAAACCACUAAAGCUGUGACUGAUGCCACAUCUUCAGAAGUGCCAGCUUCAGGUGCUGCACCAGAAACCUCCACAGACGAUGCCUUUGCUGAGAAGAUUGUUGACCCUGCCCCAGCUUUAUCCACACCUGUUGCUAAAGCAGUUCCUGAAGCACCUACUGAAUCCCCCCUGGCUGCAGCCCCAGAGGAGUUGGUUGAUACUGCACCAGAAGUUAAAACAGCAGCCACAGAAGAAAUUGUAUCUGAAGAAGAACCAAAUGUGGAGGUGAAGACUUCAGAGGCCAAAGCUGAAUCUGUGCCAAAGGUUGCAACUGAGGUAAUUCCAGAAGUAGCUGAAACCGUAGCUGGAGCCGUUGCUGAAGGAAGCCCUGAUGUAGAGGCUAAAGUCACAUCAGAAGUCGCCCCUGACUCUGCUAAGGAAGUGGCAUCUGAGCCCAAAUCUGAAGUGCAAGCUGCUCCACCCACAGAGGAGUUGGUCGAUCCUGCUCCUGUAGUUGUCGACGCAGCAGAACCUCCACCGGAGAUUGAAGUAGCGGCAGCACCUGAGGAACCUGCCCCAGAGCCUGAGCCUGAGCCAGAGCCAUUCGACAACACUACCUACAAGAACCUGCAGCACCACAGUUACAACAUUUACACCUUUGUAGAUAUGGAUGUGGAGAUGGCCAAGCACCGUCUGCCCCAGCCCUCUUCAGGAAGACCUUCACCCAGGCACUGAUCUUCCCCUCGCAGAGGCCGACGACCUCAUUCCUCAAAGCCCUGCCGUGUUUGCCGUGCUCCUGUGUGUCUUGGAUGAUUGACUACACUGUGUAGGAAAUGCUUGUAAUUCUAUUAAAAGUAUAUGAUAUAAUAUCAAAAUUA